AAAAAAAUCAAUUCCAAUAUGUCAGGUUGUUGGGCAAGUCGAAAAUUUAGUUUAUAGUUUUUAAUUAUUUAGGCUAAGAAUAGGACGUUGUGAAUUAAACAAAUAAAUAUGGCACAACAAUACAACUUGGUGCAUUGUUGAUGAUUCAUUUAUGUUGCAAUGAGGUGGUUCUAAAUUUCGUUUCUCUUUUUGUUAGACACGGAAACGGUUCUUGUUGUUAUUUAUUGUUUCCAUUCAACUUAAAUUCGGCAAUCUUAAUAAGUUAAUCAUAGUGGUGAUAAAAGUGGCAAUUGGUUCUAAGUACAAAAAUAAUUUGUUGUAAUGUAAAUAAAAAAAUAUUGUUAGCUCGCGCAUGCGUUUGUGUCAAAAACAGACAAAGGUUUUGUAUGGUUUGGAAUCAGCUGUAUUUUAUGUGCGAUGACUUAGUGAUACAAAAAGUGUGUGUUUGCAAGCGACAAUGUUCAGUGAAAUCGGAUAUAUAGUUUUUCUACUUCUUGCUCUACCAUACAUCGAAAGUGCUUCUCGUCGUCGUCUGAACGAGUACAUCGAGCACUACGAGGCGUUGGACUACGACCCCGAUACGUUGCACGCGCAGCACUUGCGUGCCCGACGCUCAAUAGAUGCGCCAUCAGACUUGCGACUCAAGUUCCGCGCGCACGGAAGGAGUUUUCACCUGCGAUUGCGGCGCGACUUGUCCGCUUUCAGCGAAGACUUUAAAAUUGAGGGCACUAAAGGGCAGCUACAUGAAGUCGACACAUCACACAUUUAUCACGGAGAGUUGGCUGAUGAUCCACAGUCGACGGUGUUCGGUUCGGUGACGGACGGUGUCUUCGAAGGGAAGAUCGUAGCGAGCGAUGGUUCGUUCUAUGUGGAACAUGCCCGUCGAUACUUCCCUCCUAAUGGGACGCGAACCCGUGUCCACUCGGUGAUCUACCGAGAGGGUGACGUCAACGACCCGUACGCUCAUCGAAGACAUGGUCACGUGGGCGGUUGCGGCAUCACCGACGAGGUCGUCCAGUGGAUGGAGCGUAUUCAGAACUCGGGCGUGGACGACGAGCCGCAGUCGUCGCCUGCGCCCGCGCCCUCGACGCCGACGCAUGGGCACCACGCGCCCCCCUCUCCUCCUCCCCACCCCAAUAGUUUGAGGGAUGAUGAGCCCAGAUACUGGGAUGUGCAUCACUACAAUAAGUACUCGCGCGCAGCUAACACCGGCGAGCACACGCGCACCCGCCGGGCGACCAUAGACAAGCGGAACACGUGCUCUCUGUACAUACAGACGGACCCGCUCAUAUGGAGACACGUUAGGGAGGGAUUCCCGGACCACCGAGAUCCCAGUAAAAAGAGUGAAGUGGAUAUGAAGACACGUGAAGAGAUCCUAUCUCUGAUAUCGCACCAUGUCACCGCAGUCAACUAUAUCUACAGUUAUACCAAGUUCGAUGGCCGACUCGAACACAGGAACAUCAAGUUCGAAGUUCAGAGAAUUAAGAUUGACGACGAUACAGCGUGUAAUACGCACGACUUCGCGGCCGAACCCAACCAGUUCUGCCUGGAGAACAUCGACGUGUCCAACUUCCUGAACCUGCACUCGCUCGGCAACCACGAGGACUUCUGUCUCGCAUACGUCUUUACAUACAGAGACUUUACUGGAGGCACACUAGGUCUAGCGUGGGUGGCGAGUGCGAGUGGUGCAUCAGGAGGCAUCUGCGAGAAAUACAAGACUUACACGGAGACGAUAGGCGGCAUGUAUCAGAGCACGAAGCGGUCCCUCAACACGGGCAUCAUCACCUUCGUCAACUACAACAGCCGGGUCCCGCCCAAAGUCAGCCAGUUGACGCUGGCUCACGAGAUCGGACACAACUUCGGAUCGCCGCACGACUACCCAUCGGAGUGUCGUCCGGGCGGGCAGCAAGGCAACUUCAUAAUGUUCGCGUCGGCCACGUCAGGCGACCGGCCCAACAACAGCCGUUUCUCAACGUGUAGCGUCGGCAACAUCAGCGCCGUCCUCGACGCUGUGCGCGACGGACGCAAGAGGAACUGUCUCACUGCCAGCGCUGGCGCCUUCUGCGGGAAUAAGAUUGUGGAGGUCGGCGAGGAAUGUGACUGUGGUUACGACGAAAUAGAAUGUAAGGACCGGUGCUGUUAUCCGCGACAGGUCAGCGCAUUGGAGAGAGAGAAGAAUUACACUGCCAAAGGCUGUACGAGGAGAGCUAAAACUCAGUGCAGUCCAUCACAAGGCCCGUGCUGUAACGGCAACACGUGUGAGUUCGUGCCGUCGUACCGCAACCAGACGUGUCGCGAGGCCUCCGAGUGCAGCCACGCGUCCUUCUGCUCAGGGAACUCGGCCGACUGUCCGGAGCCCAGAGCCAUGCCCAACCACACCAAGUGUAAUAAUGGCACGCAGCUGUGCCUGGGCGGCGAGUGCAGCGGCUCGAUCUGCCUGGCGUGGAACAUGAGCGAGUGCUUCCUGUCGUCUGCGCCGCGCGCGCGCGGGGACGGCGUGUCGGCCGUGGCGGACCGGCGCGCGCUGUGCCAGCUGGCGUGCCAGACCGGCCCGCGCCCGGACUCCUGCCGCAGUACGGCGGACUUCGCGGCGCGCGUGGGCCUGCCGCCCGGCGGGAUCAGUCUGCGGCCCGGCUCGCCCUGUGAUAACUUCCAGGGUUACUGCGAUGUGUUCCUUAAAUGCCGCGCAGUAGACGCGGAAGGUCCGCUGGCACGGCUGAAGAACCUGCUGCUGAACCGCGCCACACUACAGACCGUGCAGGCCUGGGUCACGGAGCAGUGGUGGGCCGUGCUACUGGCAGGAGUGGCGCUCAUCGUGUGUAUGGGGGCCUUCGUUAAGUGCUGCGCCGUGCACACGCCUUCUUCCAACCCCAAGCGACCGCCUGCCAGACGGUUGUCGGAGACGCUACGGCGACCGAUGAACACAUUGCGGCGUAUGCGGCACGCGGGCGGGGCGGGCAGCGCCGCCGCGGCUGGACGCUCGCCUGCGCGGGCGCCGCGUCCCGGACAUAGGCGCGCGCGGACACAUAAAGGUUACGCACCGCCGCUCACGUAUGCACACAGAGAUCUCGUAGCAGCAUCGGCGCCGGCAGGGCCGAGCGGCAGACGGGGCGAGCCGUACGCGAACGCGUACCCGCAGUCGUACGAGAUGCGGCCGCCGCAGAAGGUCUGACAGUACGAGUACGUCGCGGGCGCGGGCGGCGGCGAGGCGGCGCUGGAGCUGGUGGCGCUGGCGCCGGGCGUGCCGCUGCUGCUGGGCUACGUGUACCGCGAGGACGCGCGCACCGUCACCGUGGGCUCGCAGACCACCAUCACGCUGCACUCGCCCGACGCGCUGGCCGUCACGCGCCCGCCGGACCGCCCGCGCGACGGCCCGCGCGACCGCCCGCCGCCCGACAUGUAGGCCGCGCCGGGGACACACUUAUUUGCUCAACGCGGGCCGGCGCGAGCGGUCCGCCCUCUCUGAGCUCAAAUGUAGAAAAUAUUCGCAUGCCACGCGGCGAUCGAUCAAAUUAUUAUUUUUAUACAGAAAAUACCAGGGAACUCUUAGGGACGGCGCGAUGACCGUGUGAACCAGUGAUACGUUUUAACUGUUCAGUAGAGUGUUGUUCCCGUAACCGGACAUUUAUGUAUAUUUUUGUAUAUAAAUGGAGAGGUAUACAAAGGCUACGAUGUAAAAAUAUCAUACGACUAUAAACCAGAACGUUCAUACCGACUCUUAGAGAUAAUUGUAAAGUAACUGCAUUGUUUUACUCGAAUCUCCGUAAUUGUAAUUUUUAUAUAAAGUUAUUUUUAACGUAUUUAAUGUAACGUAAGUGGAAUGUCGAGGUGCCAUUAUACCGAUUUGUAUUCCUGUUCCUUUAAUAGUUAGUUCUUCAUUUUUCACUCCAUCGUGAUAAUGCAUUCGACGUAAUGUACAUUUUAUAAUAAUUUCAUUAGGGCUCAAAUAAUUACAUAUUUUCAAAAUUUGCAUUUAGUCUUCCUACGGCAAUGAAUAUACUUUUUGGUAUUCGUUUAUUUUAUUUAUCCUAUUUUAAGUAGAGUGUAAUGUGGAAUUCAACAAUAUUGCCAAAUGAUCAAAUGUUAUUAGACUGAACCAUGUUGCUAAGAUGACAUUUACAAACUCAUUCCUUGUAUUAUUUAGUAACUGUAUGAGUUGUGCGCAGAGUGGCUCAAGUGGUUUCCACGCAUUGUGUUGAAUGGUGUUCUAACAAACUUGCAUAUCACACACCGCUCCCUUCCUAUUCCUCCUAUACCUGUGUAUCCGAAUGUUUUGUCGUACAGUCCAAUUGAUCUCUUUGAUAGAUUACGAGAUUAUGUUUACAAUCUUAUUGCGUAGUAUUAUUACUUUCCGUCGUGCAAGCCAAAGAGCAUGAUGUAUUUUUAUUAUUUCUAUACAUUGUAAUAUUAAGAAUCGGUCUUAUAAGUAUACCAUAUUAAUGCCAUUUUAUUAGUGAAUGUCGAAACAAUACGCAAGUUCUUGUAAUUGUACUAUAAUACUGUAUAUUUGUAUGUAUGUAAACUGAGGGUAAUGUUCUGUUGUAGAAUGACUUGACCAAUCGUGUAACCGACGGAUACAUUAUGUCCGUCAAUAGUAGUACUCAAUGGCAUUAUUUCUCCUAAGUGUAAGCUAGAUUACCGUAAUAGAUUAUUUAAAUGACAAUGUGAAUAUUUUUAAUUAACAAGAUGAAUGUUACAACAUGUGAUUUCAAAAUAAUAAAAAAACAAUAAAUUUUACAUGAAUUCGAUACUUUCAUUUACUUUCUUCUGUUCGUAUAACUUUAUUGACCUUAGCCCAAUUUCCUUUCCGAAUCUUAUUCGGCUAGAAAUUUAGUCCAGGCCAACAUCAGUAUCAUCAUAAGACUACCCGGUACAAAGAAACAAGUAUUGAAAUACGUCUAAUAUUUUUAUAUAUUGAAAUUUCUAUCUAUAUUACAAGUCUGUAACACAGAUAGUAUGAAGUCUUCUCACAAAUUCUACUUUCCAUGGGUUUUAUUGAAUUGUAUAACGUGAAUAAAACAAAGUUUAUAUAUUUUUCGAGUUUAAUAAAGGAUAUAUCUGUAUAUACAAGGUACAAAAGUAUCGUAUCAAUAACUAGACAAUAAACAGCGAUCGAAUAAAUAUCGACGUGUAAGUCAAUACCUAUAAAAUACAAAUUAAUGCAAUAAAUUAGCAUGUGCCACAAUGCAUUCAAUUUCACUUAUCUAGACUUUAAAAAAGCACGAAGUGAAUUUAAUAAAGCUGUGCAUAGAUACAACAACAAAAAAGAAGAACCGAGAUAUCUUCCAUGCGUGGAAACGAUUCAUAAAAACGUAAAAAUCUAUUUUGUCGAAAAUAUGUAUACAUAUUAUAUUAAUAAAUAUUUCAGAAAGUUUGUUUGAUUUAUCGAAAAAACGAAAAAUCUGUUAAAUGAAUUUGUUGAGGAAUGACGUCAAAAAGGGUGCUCCCGUAUUUAUUUUAUUUUUCGACAAAGCAAUAACCACGUCUAUUAUUUUUUGAUAAUUAACUUCAUAGACGAAAACAGUCAACAUCAUCUACACAUACAGCGGAGCGCAUUAGUCAUACGAAUCAGUAGCUUCCGUAAUCCAAACGGAUUUCCUAUUAACUACAGUAAUGAUAUAAUUACAUACAAACAAUUGUAUUACUAUGUAGGUACCUAUUUAUCUAUGUACCAGUGCUCGUUGCUAUUGACUAUUACAUUGAAUGAUUGAAUCAACUAUAAAUAGAGAUAUUCGUAAACCUAAUGUAGUUGGUGUUAUAAGUUAGGUUAAUUUUAUCUUACAUAUGAACAUUGCAGUGCUAUUUUCUGAAUUUAAUGGUUAAAAACGUUGAAAUGUGUUUUCUUUAG